AUGACAGAGCCAUCAGUUUCUACUGAAGAGACAUCAGAAGAGCAAGUUAUUUCAUUUCGAAAACCAACAAGAAGAGCUGCCCUGAGGAAACCGAAGCCCGAAGAAAUCGAGAAGGACGGUGGAUCAGACGAAGACGACGAGCGGAUUGAGUAAGUUCUUAUCGUUUUUGGUCAGACGUUUAGUAAAUCCUUCAACUCAACUAGCUGAAUAUAAUUUUAGACGGAAACUCAGAGAUAUUCAAGAAGUCCAGAAGCUCCGUAAACGAAGAAAUGGAAUGACAGCGUUAGAGUGCGCACUUGGAAAACGAAUAGCUAGUGAAUUCGAUGAAUUGGAGGACAAUCCAUUCAAGAGUCGGUCUGGAAACAUGAUGACACUGCCUGAGGACAAGAAGAAAAAGUUGACAGCUGAGGAUAUUACAACAGGAAUGCAAGACCAGUUCCAUAAAGAGGAGUUGCUCUUCGAUGAGGAUGAGGAAAUGUAAGGGUUCUUUUAUGCUAUUUACGAUGUCGAUAUUAUUAGUGUAAUUUAUAACGUGACCAAUGUUUUAGGAAGAAGUAUAUCGAAGCCAAUAUGAAUCAAAGCAGAUCAGUAACAGACACUCUCGAAGCCAAAAACGCCCGUUUUUGUUCCGCAGAAGAUGAGAUUCUUCAUCGUGUUGCAGAAAAAGUCCGAGCCUACUCGUCCAAGAAGGAUGAUGAACUUCUUUCAAAUCAAAUGUUGGCUGGGAUCCCAGAAGUCGAUCUCGGAAUAGAGGCGCGAAUGAAGAAUGUAUUAGAAACAGAAAAGUUGAAGGGAGAUAUGAUAGCAAAUGGAGGGAAGCCACCACCGUCAGAAGAGAAGCCCAAGAAGUAUAAAAGGUUCAGGAUAGACUAA